CGCAGCGACAGAGACAGAGAGAGAAAAGCUGUCAUACCCAAAGACAGCAACAGUAAACACUAACCUGCUACUCAGGUUUGGCAACAGCAAAGUAGUUUCCACCUGGAUUGACCUUUAUCUGUCAUGUAAGUCAACAGCCAGCUUCAUGUCACUUAUUCAAGACUGCUGACAGUUUUCUGUACAGAGACUAUUGUGCACUUAACCUUGCUGGAGGAAGACAACAAACAAACAAGAUCUUCGCCAAGUGGAGCGGUGUGAAAAGAUCCUUUACCUUGAUGGCAGCCAGGGACAACUGGGAAUGGGACUACAGCCUGAAUCCUCACAGCCUCCAGAAUGCUUUCAGGUCAUUAAGCCCUGAGUUUGAUUUGUGGGGGAAUGCCCUCUUUAAAUCUCGGUCCUCAGCAUGGAGUUGUAUGGGUUUAUCUGGAUCAGGUCACCGCUCCAAAAUCAGCACCAGCUCUGUUGGCAGUCAGUUGGGGAUGAAACAGAAUGAAUCGGCUGGCAUGAGAAGAUGGCAGUCUACCUCUCGUCUAGCGCCCGAGGGUGCUCCUCGAGCCUUCUCUACUCAGGGGGUUGAGCUGCGAGCUGCGCUGGAGGAGAGCAGCAUGAAGAGGGCAGAGCUGGUCCAGAAGCUCCGGGAAGCUCAUGAACAUCUGGACACCCAGACUGACCUCCUGAAGGCUAAGGAGACUCAGCUUCUGCACAGCCAGAGCACCACUCACCUCCUGGAGCUUAAGCAUAAGCAGCUGACAAAGGCACUGAGUGCUCUUGAGGAGGAGAAGGAGGCAGCUAAGCUCAGCCGCUUUGAGGAGAGCCGUCGACGGUCAGAACUGCAAGAAAAGGUGGUGCAGCUGGAGAUGGACUUGUUGAAGAUAAAAUCUAGCAUGGGGAGGAGGAACUCUGAUCAAAGCUCAACCUCACAAACAAACCCACAUCUCAACAAGACUAUGCCUGUAACAAAAGAUGACUUCCUCAGAGAGGGACAGAAACACACAGGGAGGGAGAUGAAGAAACUGAAAGAAGCUCUCAGGGAGGCUGAAGAGAGAGCCGAGACCUUGGAAGCUGAAAAGGAUCAUGCUUUAAAGCAACUCUAUUCCUCUAAGGAGGGUCACCGCAAGACAUUGAACCAGGCUGAGCAGUUGAAGCAGAAGCUUAGCACAUCUAUGCAGGCCCAAAGUGAGCUGCAGGAACAGCUCAGUGAGAGCCAAAGCCGCCUGGGCCAGCUGGAACUGGAAAAAGCCCUGCUCUCCACCAAAUCACUGCAAUUAGAGGACAAUCUAGAGGACCUGAAAGUGAAGCUGUCUGCAGCUUUAGCUGAUAAAGACCGACUGGUGCAGGAAAAGGCUGACCUGCAUCAGAGGACCCAGAGUUUGAAGCUGCAGCUGCAGAGAGCCCAGCUGGGCAGAGAGGGAUUCACUGAGCAGGUGUGUGAACUACACGCAGAGCUCAGUCAGGCCAAAAGCAAGACCAGCAGACAACAGCAGAGCACCUUACUAAUGAAGGAAGAACUACAUUCAGCCAAAGAGGUGAGCAAGAAACUGUCAGCAGACCUGACUGCAGCCACAGAGAGGCUUCAGGUGACGCUAAAGCAGUUACAUGAGCUGGAAGCGGAGAAGCUGAUCCACACCAAUCAGAUCGCAGCUCUAGAGACUGAGCGCUUGCAGCUGAUUGGAGAGAAGGAGGAGCUGAUAGAUGUAUUUGAUCAGGGGAAUCAGGAAGAGCUCAGGGAACUGAGGGAAAGAUGCUAUCAGCUCAGAGAAUUAAAGGAAACUUUGGAGCAUGAGAAGCAGGACCUUCAGACGCACUGCCAGGGCCUGGAAAAGAAAGUGCAGAACAUGGAGGCAGAGCUUGGCUGUAAGGAGGAUGAGCUACAGCGCAUGGAGGUGGAGCUAGAAAAAGAGAAGGAGGAGCUGAAGAAUGUGGCAACUCACUGGAAUGAGCGAUGGCUGGAUGUGGCGAUGACACUGCAGUCCACUCAGGUGCAACUAGAAGAGACCAAGAAACAACAGCAGCAUACUGAGGCCCUGAAGGAAGAGGCAUCUGGAAUGGCCAGCAUGGUGGAGAUACUUGAGACACAACUGAAGGACAGCCAGGAUGAGAUCCAGAGCUUGCUUGAACAGAAAACACACUUGGAGACAGAGCUGUGCAGAGUGAAGAAAGAAGCUGGUGCUUUGGAGCGAGUAGAACUAGAUGCCUGCAGGCAGCAGCUAGAUCUGGAGCGAAGCAGAAGCCAAUGUCUACAGCAGAGACUGAUGGGAAACCCUGUGUCUCUGGAGGAGAUGGAUGGAGAGCUGGUGCAGGUGAAAGCUGAGCUGCAGAAAGUGUGGGACAUGCUGAAGAGCCGAGACACUAAGCUGGAGGAGCAGCAGCAGGAGCUACAGUCUGCUCGGGGCCAGGUGACCCAGCAGAGCACUGAGGUACAAAGACUGGAGCAGCAACUGGCUGAGAGAGAGCACAAACUGAAAGAAAGGGAUCUUACUCUAAAGAAUCUGAUGAGUCAGAAAGAUGUAGAGAAAACUGAGGCACAAAACAAGAUAACUGCUCUAGAGAAAGAGCUUACUGGACUUAAAGCGCUGAAGAUAGAACAGGCACUGUGCACUGAUCAACCAGACACUCAGGGCAUCAACUCCCAACUAGAGGCGAGCAGGAAGACAUCUGAGCAGCAGAAGCAGGAAAGAGUCUCGGCUCCUCAGAGACAGCAUUCACCUGAACAUCCCCAACAGGGUGAAGAUCGGCAAGGAACACCAUUGGUGACCAGAAAGGCAAAAUCAGUCAACUUUGAUCUCAUAGACCCCAACCAUCAGAGGAGGCUAAUCACAGAGCAACUGAAGAGUCUGUUUAAGGAGAGAGAGCAGCUGGGUGAUAAGGCAUCUCCAGUGCUCCAGAGAAGACCUGCCUCAGUGGUGGACUGUGGCCCAAAGUCUAAAACCAUCAAGAAUUCCACAGACUUACUGAGCAGUGACAUGCAGCUGCAGCAUGGACAGGGUCUGGGCGUCCAGCAGGGGGCAGGAAAGUGCACUACAGCCAAUGCAGUGGGAGCUCAGUCUGAACCACCGGCCUCUGAGAAAGGAUUGCAGGGGCAGCUAAGACAAGAGCAGGUGUCAGCACUGAGUGUGGAAAUGGAAGAGCUAAAAGACAGAAAUGAAAAUCUCCUCCAAGACAAGCUGAAGGUUCAGCAGCAGAUCCAGGAUGUAAGAGUGACAGAAAGGUGUAGCGAGGACACAGGCUUCAUUGAUAAGGAAGAGGAGGCUCUGAUGACGAUUCCACCCACAUUAUGUGUGGAUGGAACAUUCCUAGCCAGACAGGUGGAGGUGUGUGACUCUGAGAUGGAGGAUGAGGAAGUGGUACUCGACUGAAUGAAUGUAUUAUUUGUGUUUAUAACCUGUGUGGAAGCAUCGCUCUGUGCUUUGUGUGAUUAACUCAACAGAUGCAGUUAAAAGGAAGUGCCUCAUAGUUUUUAACAGCAGUUUCACAAGACUUUUAACAAGGCUUUAUUACUUGCCUAGUGCUAAAGAUUGAUCUCAAAUGGUGCUCUGCAUAUUCUAUGGGCCAAAAUGAUGAUGGACGAUUUAUGUCUGUGUAUUUUGCUUGUAGUUUGGGGUCACAGUGCUCAUGACUCAUGGUGAUCAGUGAGUUGUGGGAUGUUUGUUCUUAUUGUCUUAUAAAACUAAGACAGAAAUGAUUCUCAUGUUGCACUCAGUCAUUGGGACAUAAACCAAACAAUUAGCAUGGCAUUUCCGUAAAUCAUGUUGCUGGUGCAGAGUAAUACCUCAUUUGUCUCCGCUCUUAUCAUUUUGUGAUUGUGUUCAACUUGUUUCAAUGUUCCCUCACCUCACUGUAGACUGUAAAACCCAAUGCUGAGUUUACAUCUAGCACACACAUUAGCCCUCAUCUUUUCACUGGAUAGUUAUUUAAAUAUAUAAAUCUAAUAGUGAAAUAUAAAUUGUUUCUGUAUUGUCAGGCACUUUUUAGUUUUUAGCAUGAACCAUAGAAAAUAUUUUUUUGUGUUUUAACAUGUUCUCACAUUCACAAUUGCUAGUAAAUGCAAAGAGAUAUGAACUCAAUUACAAAUGCAUAAAAAGAAGUUACUAAAUUAACUUUUUUUUUAACAAAUUCUUUACAAGUUAAAACUACAUUUUGUAAAUGUUCAAUUCAAACAUAUAAGCAAAAACUAUAGUUGAUAAGUCAUUUUCAGCCAAUUUUAUUUUAUAAAUAUGUCUGUCCCUCAUUUAUAUGUCCUAACCAUUACACUGGCCAAAUGACCUGAGGUGUUUUUCAUAAAAUAAAAUAAAACACAUGGGAAAAAGGUAGGGGAAAACUUAAUUUGGGUGUAUCCCCUAGAAAAGCAAAGUACUAUCUCUCUGUAUUUAGUAUUUUCAGGAUGUCUUUACCAUAGUGUUAAUGACUAAUGUGUUUUAGUUAGACACUUGAAACAUUUAUUCAUGUAUUCAAGUCCAAACAUCACUUGUUAUCAUAAGAGCUCAGAGUAUUAAAUUUUAAUCAGUUUUACAUUGUACCUAUCAAUAAAUCCAUUUUAUCACAUUA